AUGGUUGGUGUUCCAGGACGGUCGAGAGGUUGUAUCACCUGUCGCAAACGGAAGAAAGGAUGCGAUAGGCGCACUCCCGUGUGCGAUCGAUGUGUUCAUGCGAGAGUGACCUGCGAAGGCUAUGAGACUGACAGGAUCUGGCUCAACUCCACUGCAAGCGCAGCAUCUAAUCAGGAAUGCUGCACAUCACCUCAGUUGGAAGCAGCAUCAGACAUUCGGCCGUGGAUAGUCAGCUAUGCAAAGAGGAAAGAAAGCAGCCCUCACGUUGUCCUACCAGAUUCGUUCGCAAGGUCGGCGAGAGAGCAGCUGUACUUUGGACUCUUUUGGAGCAUCAUGAUACCAGACGGACGUCAAUUCUCACCCGAGUCUUCAGACUUAUCCUCGGUUGGCUGGACAAGAUUCAUCGGGGACCUGUACAACACUGAGACUGCUCUUCGAUAUGCGACGGUGGCUACGGCGACUUCCAUUCUUGGAAGGAUCAAUAACGAUGAACAACUGCGGCUGAAGGGUCUACAAGUGUAUAACUGGACUAUACAAGAGAUGAUCAAAGCCGUUAAGCAGCCGAAUCGAGCAAAGAGUGACAGCUUGGUAGUGGCAGCUCGAGUUAUGGCGCUAUAUGAGCUUUUCUUUGGUCCCGAUGGAGAUCCAGGAGUCGCUGGAUGGCAGAGACAUAGUGAGGGACAAUUGGCCAUGUUCCUUGCGCGAGGGCCAGAGUCAUUUGUAUCUGGAGUAUCUCAUCAAUUAUUCGUUGAUAGUCGCAUAAACAUAAUUUUAUUGGCCAUUAGACGGAGAUGUUCAACCCCAUUCAGCUCCGAUGUUUGGAAAACAAUCCCCUGGACCAUUACCGAGAAAUCCACCAAAGACAAGCUCAUCGAUGUUAUGAGCGGUAUUCCAGAUAUACUAGUUCUGGUAGAUCUACUAGCCCGGAUUGGUACUCAAGAAAGUGCGGAUGAGAUUCGAGAAAAGAUCCUGCCGCAGUGUCGGGAGGUAGAGGCCGCCUUGGUUGCGUGGCGGGUUCAUGUUGAUCUAUCCAUCUACGACUACGUAAUUGCUGGGCUGCCUCUACCUAUACCACAACUUGAUAGCGAUUUCUCAUUGCUUCAUCUCAGUUGUGUCUACUGGAGUAUAUGCUUAAUGCUGUCAUGCAUCAUAGAGUCCAUAUCCAAAGACUCGUUGGUGGACGGCGUCUCGGAAGAUACGAUGGACUCAGCAUAUCUGGAGCGUCACGAUCAGAACUCUAUAGGCCGCCCAGAACAGUACGCUUCAAAAAUUGUCAACUGCGGCCAUCUUUUUUUUGAGCCAAUGGCCGGUGCUGUCCAGGGCGGCUCGGGACUCUUUCCCAUGGUGUGUGCCUGGCGGUUCUAUGAGCUGGCUGCCGAGUCGUCAGGCGAAAGGAACGUCGAGUUACAGGUUUUAUAUGACCUCUUUGGGCGGUAUGAUGAUUUUCUCUGGACGCCGGCCAGAGAAUAA